GGACUAUGCUGCUAGCCGUACUUACGCUGUCAGAGUGGGUCGCUGCAUACGUUUUUGUUUUUACCUCAACAAUUCUCCACAAUGGCUUUUCAGUGUCAACGAGACUGUUAUAUGAAAGAGUUUACUACCUCUGUGGUAUCCUGCUGCCCUGCUGAGCUCAAGCAAGAAGUCAAUGGAAAGAAAGAAACUCUCAAGGGCUUCAAUGUCAAGCUCCAAGACACCAUCCUGUUUCCUGAGGGAGGCGGCCAAGUAAGCUGGAAUCAUACCCCACCAUUUCUAUUUCUACAUCAACCAGAUGACCAUGGGCUGAUUGGAGAUGUCCCAGUUUUGAGGGUGACAAGGCAGGGGCCUGAUGCCAUACACUUUCUGAGCUCACUUCUGGAGGUGGGUCAGGAGGUGCAUGUGAAGGUGGACUGGGAGAGGAGGUUUGACCACAUGCAGCAACACUCAGGUCAACAUUUGAUCACAGCUUUGGCAGAUACAUUUUUUGGAUUCAAGACGACAUCCUGGGAACUGGGGCGUCAGAGAAGCACCAUUGAACUGGACACUCCCUCUGUGAAGCCUGCCCAGCUCCAGGCGCUGGAGGAAGCUGUAAACGAAAAGAUCAGAGAACAUGUCCCUGUCUCCGUUCAGCUUCUCUCUAUAGAUGAUCCUGCUGUGGAAAAGGUGAGGAGUCGUGGACUGCCAGAGGAUCAUGCUGGGCCCAUUCGGAUCGUUGAUAUCGAGGGCAUCGAUGCCAAUAUGUGCUGUGGAACCCACGUGUCUAACCUCAGCCACUUACAGGUAAUAAAGCUGCUGGGAACUGAGAAAGGAAAGAAAAACAAAACCAACCUGAUCUUCCUGGCAGGAAACAGGGUAUUGAAGUAUGCAGAGAAGAGCUAUAGCAUAGAGCGAUCACUGGUGUCUCUCCUAAAAACUGGACCUGAUGAGCAUGUUGAGGCAGUUGACAAGUUGCAAAAGUCUGUUAAGUUGCUACAGAAAACUAACUUGAGCCUGCUACGGGACAUGGCUGUCCUCAUCGCCCAGAACUUUAAUAAUGACCCCCAGAAAGGCAACUUCUUCAGCUUGCACAAAAAAGAGGGUGACAAUGAGUUCAUGAAUAUCAUUGCCAAUGAAAUAAACACAGAGGAAACUUUGGUUUUCCUGACUGUUGGAGAGGAGAAGGGACCUGGUUUGUUUGUACUGGCUGGACCUUGUGGACUAGUGGCCGAGAUGGGACCGCGGGUGUUAGAGAUUCUUCAAGGGAAGGGGGCGGGAAAAAACGGACGUUUCCAAGGCAAAGCAAACAGCCUGGCACGCAGAGGAGAGGUGGAGGCUUUCCUGCAGCAGAACUUCAAACAUCACACCUCAGAGGAAGAAUAAACCCAGCAGUAGUUCAGUACAACUGGCGACCUGUCCAGGGUGUACCCCGCCUUUCGCCUGAUGUAAGCUGGCAUUGACUCCAGCCCCCCGUGUCCCUGUACGCAGGAUAAGCGGUUGACGAUGGAUGGAUGGUAGUUCAAUACAAACAUAAAUUUAUGUUGUGGGGAAACAAUACAAUACACAAGACAAUAAGGAGAGUUCACCAGUCUUAUUAUUCUAGCUAUUCAUGGAUCAUUUUCAGUGAAAAUGUAUAUAAUGCAACUUCUGUUCAACAUACGCUGUAUAUAUCUGAAUGUUAACAGUCACAUUGUUUUAAUUCACUUAAAAGCACAUCAGUUAAACUUUUUCUGUAAUCAGAUUUCCCUUUAACUCUUAUAUGUAUGUGUGAGGGCAUUAAGUGCCCGGCUCAGGGGCACCUUAAUCUGCAAUUUAGACAAACAAUGAAUGAAAUAUUCUAAAUGAAGAAAGUUAUCCUGCUGCUUAUACUGUUCACAGCUGUUUUAUACAUAAACAUUUUCCCCAUCAAUAUAAUGGACGCAAACACCUGUGGAAAUAAGUUUUAAUAUAUUUCAUUAAAAGCCAAAGUGUUGGACUUU